GUGAACGCACUGCAUCUCUCUGCAGUGGAGAGAAGCGACAAGAUGCUUAUUGAUUCCACAGUAGGAAGAGUGAGAGACUGCAGCAGCCUCUAAGCAGCACGACAUGUUCUAUACAUUAGCAGGACUGCUGAAACAAUGGCACAGUAAGGCACUUAUUUUUCUUAAGGUCAUUUUCGAAGAGAUGUGCCUGACCCUCUUUCCCUAGUCCUACUAACAAGUGAACAAAAUGAAUCAAUCAAACUGGAAACGCUUCAACUACAUCAAGAAUCUAUCAAAUCCUUACCCGAGGGUCCACAGUCACUAAUUCAGUAUUUACAACUGCCCUAAUGAAGAAUGCAACAGAGCAAGCAAGCAUCUCCAUGGCUGUCUAAGCCACGGACUGCAGGAUGGUCUUCUAACACAGGAUUUUAAGGCAUUAAGGAGUUAAAAUCGGGGACGAGAUCUACAUUGUUACCGGGAUAUAACAAGUCAGUGGUGUCCUAAGAAGAUGCUAGAGAAAAGCUGCAAAAGAGAAAGCAUCAUAACUGUAAAAGCCUGAAAACAAAAUGGUGAGAAUUUUUAACGGGGGAGUUUAUACUUUAACAUACCAGAAUUAUGGAUGCUACUGGUUCUUGAAGAAGCAGGAAAUGUGAAUUUCCAAAAGGAGAAUGUAUUUACUUCACCAGCAAGUUAAAGGAAGCUUUAACAAAUAUUUGCUGCACUAUUCUGAUAUUCAUAUCAAUUGAUAUGACUAAUGGAUUUUUCCAUCUGAGUUUUAUGACCAAUUAAGUAUCCUCUUCUAAUGAAAGGAAACCAAAUUAAGUAGCAGGUGGUUUUUAUCAAAAAGAACAUGGACUGGAUUUAUAAAACAAAGCAAGUUAUGUGAUCAAGAAACCAUUUUAAAAUAAUGAGGAUUGCUUCAUACACUUGUAAUUUACAAAAGGAUGUCUAAAUACAUUAUAGAAGCUAGAAACCGUAUGUUUCCUUUUUGGUUUCCACACAUCCUGGAAUAUAAAGAGACACUAUCAUAUAUCCCUUCCAAGGGAAACAUAAUUCUUAUCUUUUGAGGAUAGUUCCUCUUGGUCGUGACUUCUUAAAGCAAAACAAAGUAUUAUGCACUGGGUUUUAGAAAUGCAUCAGCCAACUCAAUUUCACAAUUCAUGCAGUUGAAGUAUUGGAGAGAAAAAUGAAAGCAUUCCUACAAGACAUGAAAUAAGCACAGCUUCUUCAGUGUUGUCAGGUGAAAAUUCAUGUCAAAAGUCUGGCAAUGGCAUCGUGUAUCAAUUUGUGAAAAACUGCCAUAGAGAGCCAAAAGGCCCCUAAGGCAACAGCAAACAGGAAAAACACCAACUGCUCCAAAAGAAUGUGUUUUUCUCCCAUUCUGGAAGUCAACAUGCAGUCUGAAUCUAACAUUACAGUGCGAGAUGACAUUGAUGCCAUCAACACCAACAUGUACCAACCACUCUCAUAUCCAUUAAGCUUUCAAGUGUCGCUCACCGGAUUUCUUAUGUUAGAAAUCGUGUUGGGACUUGGCAGCAACCUCACCGUACUGGUACUUUACUGCAUGAAAUCCAACCUAAUCAACUCUGUCAGUAACAUUAUUACAAUGAAUCUUCAUGUACUUGAUGUAAUAAUUUGCGUGGGGUGCAUCCCUCUAACUAUAGUUAUCCUUCUGCUUUCUCUGGAGAGUAACACCGCUCUCAUCUGCUGCUUCCACGAGGCUUGUGUAUCUUUUGCAAGUGUCUCCACAGCAAUCAACGUGUUUGCUAUUACUUUGGACAGAUAUGACAUCUCGGUAAAACCUGCAAACCGAAUCCUGACAAUGGGCAGGGCUGUAAUAUUAAUGGUAUCCAUAUGGAUUUUCUCAUUUUUUUCCUUCCUGAUUCCCUUUAUGGAGGUCAAUUUUUUCAGCCUUCCGAGUGGAAAUACGUGGGAAAACAAGACACUUUUGUGCGUCAGUACAAAUGAAUACUACACUGAACUGGGAAUGUAUUACCAUCUGCUGGUACAGAUCCCAAUAUUCUUUUUCACCGUUGUCGUCAUGUUAAUCACGUACACCAAAAUACUUCAGGCUCUUAAUAUUCGAAUAGGCACAAGGUUUUCAACAGGGCAGAAGAAGAAAACAAGAAAGAAAAAGACCAUUUCUCUAAGCACGCAGCAUGCGCCCACAGACCUGUCUCAGAGCAGUGGGGGCAGGAACGUGGUCUUCGGGGUAAGGACUUCGGUGUCCGUCAUCAUUGCCCUCCGGAGAGCGGUGAAACGACACCGGGAACGACGCGAGAGGCAAAAGAGGGUCUUCAAAAUGUCCUUACUGAUUAUUUCUACAUUCCUUCUCUGCUGGACACCAAUUUCUGUUUUAAAUACCACCAUUUUAUGUGUAGGCCCAAGUGACCUUUUGGUAAAAUUAAGAUUGUGUUUUCUAGUCAUGGCGUAUGGAACAACCAUAUUUCACCCUCUAUUGUACGCAUUCACUAGACAAAAAUUUCAAAAGGUCUUGAAAAGUAAAAUGAAAAAGCGAGUUGUUUCUAUCGUAGAAGCUGACCCCAUGCCUAAUAAUGCUGUAAUACACAACUCGUGGAUAGAUCCUAAAAGGAACCCCAAAAUUACCUUUGAAGACAGUGAAAUCAGAGAGAAAUGUUUAGUACCUCAGGUUGUCACAGACUAGAGCAAUGUCUAAGUUUCACCAAAAUCACACUCGGAUGGGUUUUACAUGGAAAUUGUAAAAAGUAAAAUUACUGCCAAAUGGAAAGGGGAAAAAUUUUUAAGUAUUGGUUAUGUUGUAAAUUUUCAAUGUAAAUGUCAAUUAGAUUAGGCCAUAUAUAUUCAAUUUCUUCAUUACUUAAUGUAUUUGUUGCAUGGCAGUUUGUUGCAGUAACAUCCUGUGUAUAUUUUGUCACUAUUAUGUCCAUCAGAAGAUAUUAAUGUAAGUCAUAUUUUCUAAAGAAUAAAUUAAUAGCCUUAAAACAAGUGUACAACUUUGCAAAUGAAACCGACAUAGGUAGCCUUGAUUUUUUUUAUAACGUGCAUUGUUUCUAAGAUACUAACUACAGACGUGUUUGUAUGAUGACAAUUCAAAUCACACUUUAAUAAAAAACCAAAAAGCAUAGACUCAAAACCGUUAAAACAAUACACGAUUUUCUGUACUAUUACACUGUUUUCUGAUGUAGGCCACUUGCUAUAAUAUUUGAAACAUAAAACAAAACUACGUAUGAAACAUACUUUUUGAAUGUAAAAAAGCUAUAGCAUUGAUCAGAAUUCUAAAACUCAAAAACCAGAUAAUAAGCAACCCUAGCACACCAAAGCUAGGGAAAGUUUAAAAUUCCAUUUACUAGGGGAAAAGUUGGGUUUUCUAGGGCCCAGGGCACUAUACCCGUAGCAUACAAAGAACCCAACAAUAAAGAGAAGGAAGAGCAGAGCGCAAACAAGGCUCUUCCCUCCUCACCCUGCUUUAAGCUCAGUCAAACGCAUCGGGUUCGUACAGUGCACGAACAUGAACAGAUUGCCCACCGUUCCCCAUCUUAGCCUUUCAUUAAAAUAGAAGAUAGCCAUCUCUAUCUAAAUGCCAGGAAGAAUAAAAGACAAACAAACAAAAGACUCUAUCACAGGUGGAAAAGCUAAUAGAGCCGACCAACUGUUUCUAAUUUUGAGAUAAUCAGGAACUUCAGAGUGAUGCAGUUUACACAAUACUCCUAUGCUAUCAUACUACCAGUAUUUCAGACUAUAAAGUUCUGUUCCUACUCUGAAAAAUCAGUAACUUACUCCCUGUUAAAUUCCACACCACUUAUUUUAACUUUAAAUAUUUUCUCUCCAAUCCUCUAAUCACACUGGAAAGCUAUGAAAUAACUAAUCCCAGCUAUAAAUUCUCAAGAUUGGGAAUCUCAUAUCCGUUUCCUAGUGUUACAAUCUAGUAGCCUAUCAAUGAGUGCUUUAGAAAAUUAGCAAUCGGUCACUCAAAAUGGACAAGUCCUCGCUACCUUAAAAUUAGUUAACUUGAUUACUUUGUAUUCUGUUUUUUUAACACUGCAUUCACUAAAAUCAAGUAACAACUCAGUUUUAAGCAGAAAAAAUGUGGCAAACACCUCAGUGAUAUAUUACU